UGGCGCCGGAGGGUGCAGCGGCAGCCGGCCAGCUUCUUCGAGCUCUGCUGCCACCUGAGGUGCGUGCCCAACAUUUGGGCGCUGCACGAGUGGAGCAACUGGCUGACGCCCGUGGGCCGGGCCGGGCGAGGGGGCCGCCGCUACGACACGGCCUUCUACCUCUGCUGCCUCGGGCAGGGCCCGCCGGAGGCCUCGCACGACCAGGUGGAGGUGACGGCGUGUCAGUGGUCAUCGCCUUUGGAAGCACUUGAACUCUUUAAAUCUCAAGACAUCUGGAUCGCACCUCCUCAGUUUUAUGAGUUAUACAGACUCUACAAUUUCUCAUCACUUCAUGAUCUACAUAGAUUUGGCUCUGAACGAGCUUUAGAAGGAUGUGAGCGUUGGAUGCCUGUAAUAUUGGUUGCCUCAGAUGGUCACAUACAACUUUUACCAGGUGAUGAACUUUAUCCAGAUGAUCCUGAUCUUACAGGAGAAAGAAAACCUGUUCUGACAUCAAACAAAAAGAUUGAAGAUCUGAUGAAAGGGGCUAGUAAGCUUCACCGGAUAGUGACUCAUGAUCUCCAUAACGUUACUAUUUGUGUGAAUAUCCAGGCCAAAUAUAAACAUAUCAACCCAUUGGUAGUGGACUCUAAAGUGGGAAAUAAUGCAGAUUGUAAUAGCAAAUUAUAAUAAUAGAUAUAUAUCAUUACACUUGUGUGUGUGUAUGUAUGUGUACACACACAGCCUGUAAAAUAUUUCCUGAAUAUGCUGCCAAAAACCUUCAGAUCUUGCUAUGCAACACAUUUUGAGAGCAGCAAGUGUGACUACAUUUACAAGUUUACUUGUGAAAUUCAAGCCUGGAUUUAGGCUUCUGUCUAUACAUUUGUAAUUAUUUUUUCUUCCAAUUUUGUGCAAACAUGCCAUUUGAGGAGUGGACAUCUAUCUAUGAAGAAUAUGAACUCAAUCUACAUGUUUAAAGAUUUAGAUUACAGUGGCACCUCGCAAGACGAAUUUAAUUGGUUCCAUGGUCAAUGCCGUCUUGCAAAAAAUUCUUCUU